AUGUUUUUACUCACACUCGUACUCAACAGGUUUGUGUACAACUAUUUCAACUGUGAACCUUGUAUUGACCGGUAUUCCUGCAAAUGCAAGUUCGGUCAAUACACAAUUUAUGGUGGCAAGAAGGACAGUGGGGAAUGUUAUUCUGACAUCUGUUGUUGCGCUCGAGAGAGAAUUGAAAUUCCAGACCCGACACCAACAAAAACUCUCAAGUUGCCGAAGACUCAUGUGAAGAAGAAGUCAUAUAACAAAGCACUUAUAGCCAUAUACAUGGCACGUUUAGAGUAA